GAGGAGUAAGAACCACAAAGCUGAUGUAAACAUGUCUCGUGAGAAAUUGAGUACAAAGCCACUUUUAAUCCGAGUCAAAUUUGUGGUGUUAUGGCUUGUGUUUUUCAUCAUAGCAGGCACAACAAGGGGAGCCAGUGGAAAGGAUCCAUUUGACGUCCAGAUAAGGUUAGUGGGAGGUAGCAGUCCUUUUGAGGGCAGAGUUGAGAUCCGAUCCAUUAACUGGGAGACAGUUUGCGAUGACCAGUGGGAUAUCAAGGAUGCGCAAGUUGUUUGCCGUCAGCUGGGCUAUGGCCGGGCCAUAUCUGCUACCAAAGCAGCAAGUUUCGGCCAGGGCAGUGGACGCAUCGGUAUCAGAGCCGUGGAUUGCGUAGGGACAGAAGAGGAAUUGAUGUUAUGCCCGAAGAGUUACUCAGUCUCUGGUUGUUCUCAUAGUAAUGAUGCUGGCGUUAUCUGCUCUGGCACCGAACAAAUUGGAGAGUUGUCCAUACGUUUAGUCGGUGGCAACAUUUAUUUAGACGGUCGUGUGGAAGUGUAUACCUCUGGUGUUUGGAAGACACUCUGUGAUGAUUCGUGGGGUAUGGAUGACGCCACCGUUGCCUGUCGCCAACUGGGAUAUGGAGAGCCGCGAUCGGUUGUAGGAUCGGCCUGGUUUGGCCAAGGGAGUGGUGACGUAUACUCAUACGGAUUAGACUGUGUGGGAACGGAACAAUCUCUCCGUCAGUGCCCGAAGGCUGAGUUGAAUAUUCCCUGCAGACACACUCAAGACGCAGGGGUCCGCUGCAGUGCUCCCCAGCCAGAUCGUUACAAGAUCAGACUAGUCAAUGGGGGCAGCCCCCUGCAAGGCACAGUGGAGGUAUACGAUGGGCGUUGGGGAACCGUUUGCGAUAGGGGCUGGGACAUGAACGAUGCUCAAGUGGUGUGUAGGCAGCUUGGUUACGGAGACGCGGUCAGUGCGUGGAAGGGGGCCCAUUUCGGCACUGACUUUUUUCGGGGACCCAUUGUGGACAACGUGCGAUGUCUAGGUGACGAGAAUUUCCUUUACGAGUGCCAGCUGUUCCGCUCUGGAUCCUGCGGCAGUAGGCACGAGGCUGGAGUCUCCUGCAGUGGGACUGACCCAGAGAAUGGCAAAGUCACACUUGUGGAUGGUGAUGGUGAGUCAGGUCGUGUCGUUAUUUACUUUGAGCGGGAGUUGGGGACAAUCUGUGGUAAUGGCUGGACUACGGUCAACAGCGAUGUGCUCUGCAAAGAGCUUGGAUUCACCGCCUCCGAAAAAUAUGAUGGCAACAAGGACGUAACAUGGCUUUCCGACAAUCCGAAAGUCCUGUUGGAGAGUGUCAAUUGUGAAGGUGACGAGCAAAGACUCGUCCAGUGUAGUCACAGCGGCUGGGACAACAGCGACUGCGAUCACAAAGGAGAUGUCUGGGUCCGAUGCAUUUAUCAAAUGGAAAGCUCUGUUUCUUCCUCGCUAUCAGCAGGUGGAGUUGCCGGUGUUGUGAUUGGAAGCAUUGCCGGUUUCUUCAUUCUGUUGUACUGCUGCAAAGGAUGCCUAGCGUCGUCCAAAAGUACCAGCACAGAGACGCAGGGGCAGGGUUCAGCGACGGCCUAUUCUCAAGUUCCUCCAGGUGAGACUGUCGUAGCACCUCCCAUGGUGCACUACCAUCCUCCGCGGCAGUCAUUGACUAUAAGGGAGGCGGCAUCCCCAUCAGCUCCACCCUCUUCGUUAGCUGACGAAGCCCCGCCAGCAUAUGAUGCCGUCAUGGCGCGGCCGAACCAGUUCCCCACAGUACCGACGGAAUCAGUGCAUGGUGGCCACCAACCUGUUGCGUCGACACACCCGGCAGUCUACCCUGGACCUCCAGAUCCGAACCAUCCUCCAAGCCUGAUGCACCCACCACCCCCCAAUUUGUACCUUUAGCAAGCCUGUCACACCCAACCUAGUUAGGCUCACUAAAAACACUCCCCCACCCCCACCUUCAAUCCCAGCCAAAAUGGUUAGGACACUUGGAAAUAACCUUAGCCUCCAACGGUCACUUACUCCCCCGGUCAAUGCUGUUCUCUUCAGCGGAUGGAGCACACACCGCGCAAUGAGAGACAACAUUGAGCAGGCGUUGGGGGCCCAGCGAGAUCUGGCCAGGAUUGUAGGCUUUUAAAUCUACCUUUAGACACUUGGGCUAGCUUGCAGCUCUAUCCCCACAUAAAACAGUCUUAUCUCCCCUUGUGAUUUUGUUCUCAGCACCCUGUCUUGACCCCCUGAGCUCCCUAUGCGGGACUGGUAGAUGUAGUUUUACAUUCUUUUACAACUUAGCAGUACACACCAGCACCCAGUCAUGCCCUAUUAAAAGCCCUAACCUUGUCCUCUAGACCCAUUUUCCUAUAUUAAGCCUGCAACACCCAUCAGCACCCAGUCAUGCCCUAUUAAAAGCCCUAACCUUGUCCUCUAGACCCAUUUUCCUAUAUUAAGCCUGCAACACCCAUCAGCACCCACCAGCACCCAGUCAUGCCCUAUUAAAAGCCCUCACCUUGUCCUCUAGACCCAUUUUCCUAUAUUAAGCCUGCAACACCCAUCAGCACCCACCAGCACCCAGUCAUGCCCUAUUAAAAGCCCUAACCUUGUCCUCUAGACCCAUUUUCCUAUAUUAAGCCUGCAACACCCAUCAGCACCCAGUCAUGCCCUAUUAAAAGCCCUAACCUUGUCCUCUAGACCCAUUUUCCUAUAUUAAGCCUGCAACACCCAUCAGCACCCAGUCAUGCCCUAUUAAAAGCCCUAACCUUGUCCUCUAGACCCAUUUUCCUAUAUUAAGCCUGCAACACCCUUCAGCACCCAGUCAUGCCCUAUCAAAAGCCCUAACCUUGUCCUCUAGACCCAUUUUCCUAUAUUAAGCAUGCAACACCCACCAGCACCCAGUCAUGCCCUAUUAAAAGCCAUAACCUUGUCCUCUAGACCCAUUUUCCUAUAUUAAGCCUGCAACACCCACCAGCACCCAGUCAUGCCCUAUUAAAAGCCCUAACCUUGUCCUCUAGACCCAUUUUCCUAUAUUAAGCCUGCAACACCCACCAGCACCCAGUCAUGCCCUAUUAAUAGCCCUAAC